UCUGUUCUCCUUCUCAAUCUCCCCAAAAACGCAGACAGUCUCAUAAUUCAGAGAUCCCUUCCCCUCUCAAUCUCUCUUCUCCAAUUUCUUUGGGAUCACGAUAACCCUAGCUUGCACCGGAGUACAUCUCCUCAACUGGGAGAUCUCCUCACUCCUCGCUCUAUAUGCCUCUGCAUAAAAGAGGCACCUUUGCGUUUACUCUCGAUCUUCUCCCCUCAAAAUUCGCGCUGUGAUCUCAAAAAAGGACAACAAUGGCGCUAUUUCGGAGAGGUUUCGUGAUCUGGGUGAUAUUUGGAUGGUUGCUCGCAUCUGGGUUUUGUGAUGAUGAGGAGUUCCAUCGAGCGUUUCCAAUUGUGGAGCCAGAUUCUGGUCAUACCAAACUUCGUCUUUCAAGAGAAGGCCUGCGUGUUAUUGAAAGAAUUACAACUCCUAUAGCAGUAGUUGGCGUUAUUGGUCCAUACCGCUCAGGAAAAUCGUUUCUUCUUAAUCAACUUCUCUCCCUUCCAUGUGAUAAAGGUUUUGGAGUUGGACAUAUGCGUGAUACGAAGACGAAAGGAAUAUGGGUUUGGGGUACACCAGUUGAAAUGACUAUUGAUGGACAAAAAGUCUCUGUCCUAUACAUUGAUACCGAAGGAUUUGAAAGUGUUGGAAAGUCAAAUGUCUAUGAUGACAGGAUUUUUGCUCUGGCGACGAUCAUGAGUUCUGCGCUCAUAUAUAAUCUACCUGAGACGAUUCGUGAGGCUGACAUAUCUCGUUUGUCAUUCGCUGUUGAAAUUGCGGAAGAAUUCUACGGCAGAGUGAAGGGGCAGGAUAUUGCAUUUCAGCCUGCUAAGCUUGUGUGGCUUAUCCAACGGGAUUUCCUACAAGGGAAAUCCGUUCAAGAAAUGGUGAAUGAAGCUCUCAAACGGGUCCCCAAUUUUGAUGGUGACAAAAACAUUGAUCAGGUAAACCAGAUUAGGGAAUCCCUUGCAAUUAUGGGUGAUAAUAGUACAGCCUUUAGCUUACCACAGCCUCAUCUUCAAAGAACAAAACUUUGUGAUAUGAAUGAUAGUGAGCUUGAACCGAAAUAUGUUGAAAGAAGGGAGCAAUUGAAAGAACUUGUUGCUACUGUUAUACGUCCAAAGAUUGUGCAGGGAAAAACUCUUAGCGGGAAGGAGUUUGCUUCCUUGCUGGAGCAGAUUCUUGAAGCCUUGAACAAAGGGGAAAUUCCAUCUACAGGUUCUCUUGUCGAGGUCUUCAAUAAGGUAAUUCUGGAACGGUGCAUGAAGUUGUACAAUCAAAGAAUGGAUAAGCUGCAUUUACCAGUACCAGAGAGCAAAUUGGAGCAGGCUCAUGAUGAAGCGAAAAUUGAAGCAAGAAAACUAUUCGAUCAACAACAUUUUGGUCGCCAUCAUGCUAAACAGUCUAUCAUCAGACUUUAUGAGGAAAUACAGAAGGUUUAUAGAAAUUUCCUUCUGGCAAAUGAAUAUCAAUCAUCAAAACUGUGUGAGGCGUUAUACACACAGUGUGAGGAUACAAUGGACCAGCUGCAAGUCUUGAGACUUCCUUCAAUGGCAAAGUUCAAUGCUGGUUUUCUUCAAUGUAACCGAAGUUUUGAAGAAGAGUGUGUCGGGCCUUCCAAAAAAAAUUACGAACAGAGAAUGUCAAAGAUGCUUGGAAAGUCACGGACUCUUUUCAUCAAAGAUUACAAUCACAGGCUUUUCAACUGGCUGGUGGCCUUCUCUCUCGCUACGGUAGUGGUUGGACGAUUUGUCAUCAAGUUCUUUUUGGUGGAGAUUGGGGGAUGGGUGAUGUUCAUCUUCCUGGAGACUUACACAAGGAUGUUCUGGUCAGCAGAAUCACUAUAUUACAAUCCGGGUUGGCAUUUCAUUGUGGCUUCUUGGGAAACAAUAGUUUAUAGCCCUAUUCUUGAUUUGGAUAGAUGGGCGAUUCCUAUUGGAGUGUUGAUAUUGAUUUUGCUCCUAUAUUGGCGGUGCUAUGGGAGGAGGAAACACGGUUCUCGCUCUCUAUUGCCCCUGUACAACAGCUCUCACAAAAGUGGCUCCACUCGUCCAAGAUCUGAUUGAACAAAAUAGAUCUAGUCUUAAGCUUUGCCACCCUGGAUGGUCACCUUCUUUUUAUGGUGCCCUGCCGAUGAAUUGAAGAUUCUGCCUGCAUACUGAUUUAUGGUGGCAGAGAUAUAGAAAGCCUCUGAGAGCACUGUGCAUUCAACUGUAAGCAUUUGUUAUAUUAUCAAGGAAGCACAUGCUGCUUUACAAACAGUUCAUAUUUAUUUCUAGAUUCUUUGUUACAGUCGUCCUUGUACCUUUGGUUCUUUCCACUAAAUCUUUAAAUUUAAAUGCAUAUUCUUCUGAUAAA